UUUAACUUCAACAAUGUUGGUUAUUUAAUUUUUCUAUUUCUGUUUAAAUUUGUAAUCUAUUUAGGUAGUUAGGUAUAUUAAUUAUUUAUAUCAAAUAAUUUUGUAAUUGUCAUUUGAGUGUUUGAAUUAAGUUGUAAACUGUCGGCUGUGUUUGUGUAACUACUGUCGAUAUUCUUGAUAACACUGUUCAACGUAGCCAUUUAAUAGUAGACGCCUACCUAGAAGCAAGUUUUUAUUUAUUAUAUAAUAUCAUAUUUGUAUGAUAUUAUGCAAUUAUGUUAAUUUGACAUAGAUACCUAGUUAAAAUGGAUCUCAAGUCUGUUUCCAGUAGUAAAAGUUUUGGUGGUUACCAGAAAGUAUAUGAACAUUUUAGUCCUACAUUGCAAUGUAACAUGAAAUUUGGCAUUUACUUACCUCCUGGAGUGAGUGAAACUGAAAAAUGUCCGGUAUUAUUUUACUUAUCAGGUCUUACAUGCACCGAACAAAAUUUUAUCACUAAAGCAGGAUUUCAAAAAUUUGCUGCUCAAUACAAAUUAAUUGUGGUUGCUCCUGAUACUAGUCCUAGAAACUGCAACAUUCCUAAUGAAGAUGAACUAUGGAAUGUUGGUUCUGGUGCUUCUAUGUAUGUCAAUGCUACCGAAGAACCGUGGAAUAAACACUAUCAGAUGUUUACCUAUAUAACUGAGGAACUCCAUCAACUGGUAUUAAACAGUUUCCCAGUUAUACAAGAUAAAAUAUCUAUUGCUGGACAUAGUAUGGGUGGUCAUGGAGCAUUGUUAUGUGCUUUAAAAUGUCCAGGCAGAUAUAAAUCAGUGUCAUUAUUUGCACCUGCUUGCAAUAUUUCUAAUUCACCCACAUUAAUUGGUGGAUUGACAACAUUAGUCGGAGAGGAAAAAGACAUUUUGCAAAAAUGGGAUACAACUUUUUUAGUAAAGUAUUAUGAUGGCCCUGAAAUGGAAAUAUUAAUACAUGUGGGUAGUGAUGAUGAAUUUUUAACAAAGGAUUUACUAAUCGAUAAUUUUGUAAAAGCAGCCAAUGAGCGUAAAGAUAAUAAAAUCAAGACCAAAGUAUUUCUUGAAGAUGGCUAUGAUCAUGGAUAUUAUUUUGUAUCAACAUUCAUUGAAGAACAUUUUAAAUUUCAUUCAUCUAGAAUGUCUUUGUAAAAUGAUUUUACAUUUAUGUUUUUUUUAAAUUAAAUAAUCACAAUGAAUAGGCA